AUGGGUAGCACUUCAGGUACGGAGUCCGGGCCCGGAAAUAAGGCAGGUAAGAGGGUGAACGGUAGCAAAAGGAAGGGAGACAGUCCCUUCGAGGAGCGUUUUCUUGAUAUCAUGCAGACCUUUUCUCAAAAUACAAAAGAGAGCUUGAAUGGGAUUGCAUGUAGGCUUGGGUUUGAGCAUGAGGCGGAGAAGAAAAGAAAUGUCGUGUUUGACUCAUUGUCUAAUAUGCAUUUCCUGUCAAAAGAGGAUAAAAUGGUUGUCACGAUGCGCUUAUGUAAGAACCAACAGGAGUUGUCAAUGUUUUUCAGCCUGUCCAUGGAAGAUAAAGCUAUCAUGGGGAUGGACAACAUGGAUGUUGACGGUGACGGUCCUCAUUUCUUCAAGGCUGUUCAGUUUCGUACGCUCCAUACCAUGGCAUUCCCGCCAGUAACACACCACCAUUACCGUGGUGUGGUGCUGCCACAACGGUGCAGUAUCGAGACUAUCGAGGGUCGUAAAUAUGAGGCGACAUUGGAUAUGGUCAACAACUGCCCGACAUUAACGGAUGGCUGGAGAGACUUCAUUCUUGAAGAAGACAUAACCCUAUGCUACUUUUUG